UCCGUUAGUCACUUUGUUGUCAUUAAAUUCUACGCGUUGCUCAACUAUAUCUUCAUGUUUUAAACAAAAACUCAAAGAUUAGAUUUAAAAGCAUGAGUAUUACUCCGAUUUCCACAGUAUGCUUGAUUGAUGACACAAAUGAGAAGAAAAAUGUUACUACAAAAAAGAUUUUAUCGGAGGAAGAAUAUACGGAGAAAUUAGAUAAAAUCAUUACAAGGGACUUUUUCCCCGAUGUGCCAAAACUAAAAGCUCAAAACGAAUAUCUUUCUGCUCUUGAAAAAGGUGAUAUUGCUAAAAUACAAGAGAUUCAACUAGCUUAUCAACCAAGUCAAAGCUCUAGAAGCAGAGUUAAUUCAGUUAGAACUGUUGCUUCAACUCCUGCAGGAUUUGAAACACCAGAUGUAAGCUCAGCAGCUUCUCCACUUAGAAGUGAAACAGAAACAAGUAGAGCAGACUCAAUUGCAUCUGAGAAGAAACCUGUGUCUCUCGAUCAGUUUCUUGCCCAGAGUACUAGUGAAGACAACGCUUCAUUUCAAAUAAUUAUGGAAAAAUCAGCUUUAGUUCAUCAGCAGAAGUAUCCUUGGUUAUAUAAAGAUGAAAAUGAAGAACAAAAUAAAUUGACUAAAAUGCUCGCUUUGCCGUCUGCGGAGAGUGAUACGAUAAAAGAAGAAAAGCCUGAGCUGGUUACUUGGGCAUACAAAAAUCAAAAUUCUCUGAUGUAUGUUCCUCCUGGGGCUGACUUUACAAUUGAAGAAAAAUUAUCCUACGGAAACCGGAAAGAAAUUUCACACAACAAUACAAGAUUUGAAGCCCCUCCGUUUGAUGAAGAAGCAAAUAAAGAGGCCAUUGCUGAAGCAGCAUCAGUUCAAGCUAAGAUGAAGGAAGGCAAAGUUGGAAUUGAUGGGAAAGAAAUUAUUCCUGGUGAUUCACCUCAAGUAAAUGGUUAUGGCUUUGUUGGCACACCAGUACCUGAUCCAGGUAUUACCGAUACCCCUAUCAUGACUUGGGGUGAAAUAGAAGGUACACCAUUUCGAUUGGAUGGAAGCGAUACUCCCUUACCUCAAAAUCCUGGUGGACAGCAGUUCAAAAUCCCAAAUUUAUCAGCAAGGGAAAGGAUUGCUUUGUCUUUAGCUGACAAAGUAGCUAAGAAACAUCGUAAAAAAACAAACACUACCUUAUUAAGUCCUCUCCAUAUGGGCUCAUAUUCACCGGCAACUCCAAUGGAAAAAUUACAGAACAUGUCCCCCGCUGCUCGUAAAUUGGCAUGUGCUAAACUAGGAAUUCAACAAAAUACCGAUAAAGCUCUCCGAGCAAGCUAUUCACCUUCGCCAUUAAGGACUCCUAACGCUAACAAAACACCAGUAAUUCAACGUAGUCCUGUUGUCUCCCCUGCUAUUAAAACACUCAUCAAGCCAUCAGAUGCAGACACAAUGUUGAAUCUUCCCAAGCGACAUAAAGCCAGUGAUUUCUUCUAAAGAAAACAUUUGAUUGUAAUUUAUUCUUGUAAAUAUGUACACAUUAAAAAAUAUUUUCA